AUACUGUCAUCGGUGCUGUCUCUCCCUCACAGGGCGUCGUCCCAGUCUGUCUACGUCGCCGAAUCGGCGCUAGCUGGAGGAAGAAUCAGACCACCUAUUUGGUAAUCAGGGAUAAAUGUCCAGAUGUCGGCACCAUAAACGUGUCGAUGCUCCACCAACAUGAGUAUUGCGCGAGGAUUCCUGAGACCCAGUUGUCUUCUACACAGCAUUUGUAAGAAUACCAAGGCUCCGUGGUCGGCGGUUGUGGGAUCCCCAUUUCGCAACAUACUCUUCCCUUCUGCUUCGUCUUCUCCCUCGUCUCUAAACUUCCGGUCACUCGCAGCUAUGUCAUCUAACAAAGAUCCCGACACCCUCAAGGCUACCCCAAAGGUCCUAGUCAUCGGUGGCUCUUACUCUGGGCUUGCAGCAACUGUCAACCUCAUUGAUCUUUGCAAUGGUAAACAGCCUAGAUUCUCUUCAACAUCAGAAGACGAAGCCUCUAUCAAGACCAAGAUGCCUGUCGAUAUCACAAUCGUCGAUGAGCGCGAUGGGUACUACCACUUGAUCGGGAAUCCCUUGGCGUUUGCCUCGAACGACGCUGCUUCCAGGAGCUGGACAAAGUUUACAGACAUUCCCGCGUUACAGUUGCCCAACGUACAUUUCUUACAGGGCAGUGUCUCGGCCAUUGACUGCGAGAAUAAGUUUGCCUCAAUACUGGGCACAGAUACGAAACAACAAUUCCAAAAACAGUACGACUAUCUUGUAGUUGCUUCAGGCCUACGACGGACGUUUCCUGUGGUACCACAAGCGCUUGAUCGAGACCAAUUUCUCGUAGAGGCCAAGACACAUAUCGAAGCUAUCAGGAAUGCUAAAGAGGGCGUAGUCGUCAUCGGUGGAGGGGCUGUGGGCAUUGAAAUGGCCAGCGAAAUCAAGCUGAUGGAACCUUGGCAAAAGGUCACUCUCGUCCACUCACGGGACCAACUCUUAUCUGCAGAGCCUCUACCAGACGAGUUCAAGGCUCGCAGCCUCGAACUAUUGGAAGAGAGUGGUGUAGAGGUCAUCAUGGGUCAAAGAGUGACUGGGACUGCUAUCACGGAGGGCCAUGAUGGCAGUAUCUCCUGUAACCUUACCCUAGCUAAUGAACAGCAUAUUAUGGCUGGCCAUGUCAUCAGAGCCAUAUCAAAGAGUGUGCCUACCUCGAGUUACCUUCCGACUGGAGCUCUGGACAAAGACGGUCAUGUCAAAAUUGAUGCUUCGCUAAGGUUCAACGGUGAUGUGCCAAACGCUGUAAGUCACUUUGCCGCCGGUGAUAUUGCAUCCUGGUCUGGGAUAAGACGUUGCGGUGGCGCCAUGCACAUGGGUCACUACUGUGCCAUCAAUAUUCAUCAGGACCUUCUGAAGCAUCGAUAUGGUCAAUCACCUACCUACAAAGAGCUCUCGAAGUUUCCAAAUGUGAUGGCCCUCGCCGUCGGUAAGCAGGCGGUUGUCUUUGAUUCGACCAAAACUUCCUCGGGAGAAGACCUCAUGCGUAGCUACUUUGGCAGUGAUCUUGGAAAUUCUAUAUGCUGGAACUACAUGAAGCUUGGGCAAACUAUCUCAGUAUGAAAGUCAUGUGAAGAUUCGAGUAGUCAAGCAUCUACACUUCACCUCGAGUGUCAUAUAAUAAAGCUAGGCGAGAAAGAUGAAUCGGGUGUGCUGGCGAUGAGAGAAGGCAGUGUUGGGCAUGUCUUACCGAAGAGGUCACCUUCAGCUGUACCUCCCAGUCAGAGCGAAGGUCCUGUGGCUCACAGGCACCACUCGUCAAAAGACCUCUCCAAAGUCUAGCAUAAAUAGAAUCCGGGGGCUGUGGGGUCGACUCACAGCGUUGGUUGGUCGCAAUUAUGACUUUGGUUUCAAAGAUGUUUCUCCUGAUUAAGUUCUGGUUUUUUUUUU